ACUCUGCAGAGGGAGAACGGGGCCGUGACGUCAGCUCUCAACUGAAUGAAGUCAGCUGACUUUUCUCGUUUCUCUCGUCUCAUCUCUCACCAAAGGAUCUGGACACAGGACCGUCUCAUUAUCUGAGACACACUCAAAAUGGAUUUCUCCAAGCUGCCCAAGAUCCAAGAUGAGGAGCAGGAGGGACAAUUUGGAUAUGUGCAUGGUGUAUCUGGACCUGUGGUGACGGCCUCCAGUAUGGCAGGAGCUGCCAUGUACGAGCUGGUGCGAGUGGGUCACUGUGAGCUUGUGGGAGAGAUCAUCAGGCUGGAGGGUGACAUGGCCACCAUCCAGGUCUAUGAAGAGACAUCUGGUGUUUCCGUUGGUGACCCUGUCCUGCGCACAGGAAAACCUCUCUCUGUGGAGUUAGGACCAGGAAUCAUGGGUUCAAUCUUUGAUGGUAUUCAGCGUCCCCUCAAAGACAUCAAUGACCUCACUCAAAGUAUCUACAUUCCCAGAGGAGUCAACAUUGGUGCCCUUAACCGUGAUCUGAAAUGGGAGUUCACUCCAAUCAAGAGCUUGCGUGUUGGCAGUCACAUCACUGGAGGUGACAUCUAUGGAAUGGUGUUUGAAAACUCUCUUAUUAAACACAAAAUAAUGUUACCGCCAAAAAGCAGAGGAACUGUCUCGUAUGUGGCUCCACCUGGAAACUAUGAUGUCUCGGAUGUGGUGUUGGAGUUGGAGUUUGAGGGAGUGAAAGAGAAGUUCACCAUGGUGCAAGUGUGGCCCGUGCGUCAGGUCCGGCCUGUCACUGAGAAGCUUCCUGCAAAUCACCCUCUGCUGACUGGUCAGCGUGUACUGGACGCCCUUUUUCCAUGUGUGCAGGGAGGAACCACAGCCAUUCCUGGUGCUUUCGGUUGUGGUAAAACUGUGAUCUCUCAGUCCCUGUCUAAGUACUCCAACAGUGAUGUCAUCAUCUACGUGGGCUGUGGAGAGCGCGGUAACGAAAUGUCUGAAGUACUCCGAGAUUUCCCCGAGCUGACCAUGGAGGUGGAUGGUAAGGUGGAGAGCAUCAUGAAGAGAACGGGCUUGGUUGCCAACACAUCCAACAUGCCCGUGGCUGCCAGAGAAGCUUCUAUUUACACAGGAAUCACGCUGUCUGAGUAUUUCAGAGACAUGGGCUACAAUGUGAGCAUGAUGGCUGACUCCACCUCUCGAUGGGCAGAGGCUCUGAGGGAGAUCUCUGGUCGUCUGGCUGAGAUGCCUGCUGAUAGCGGUUAUCCUGCCUAUCUCGGAGCACGUCUGGCCUCAUUCUAUGAGCGCGCCGGCCGAGUUAAAUGUCUUGGUAACCCAGAGAGAGAGGGCAGUGUGAGCAUUGUGGGAGCUGUGUCUCCCCCUGGUGGAGAUUUCUCAGAUCCUGUGACUUCUGCUACGCUUGGUAUUGUACAAGUGUUUUGGGGUCUGGAUAAAAAGCUGGCUCAGAGAAAGCACUUCCCUUCAGUGAACUGGCUCAUUAGUUACAGCAAGUACACAAGAGCUCUGGAUGAGCACUACGACAAGCACUUCCCUGAAUUUGUGCCACUGCGUACCAAAGCCAAAGAGAUCCUUCAGGAAGAGGAGGACUUGGCUGAGAUUGUGCAGCUUGUGGGGAAGGCAUCAUUGGCCGAAACUGAUAAGAUCACACUGGAAGUUGCUAAAUUGAUCAAGGAUGAUUUCCUUCAGCAAAAUGGAUACACACCUUAUGACAGGUUCUGUCCGUUCUAUAAGACAGUAGGUAUCUUGUCCAACAUGAUUGCGUUCUAUGAUAUGGCACGUCAUGCUGUAGAGACCACUGCACAGAGCGACAAUAAGAUCACCUGGUCCAUGAUCCGGGAGCACAUGGGAGAAAUUCUCUACAGGAUCAGUGCCAUGAAAUUUAAGGACCCUGUGAAAGAGGGUGAGGAGAAGAUCAAAGCUGAUUACGCCCAACUCCACGAAGACAUGCAAAACUCCUUCCGUACACUGGAAGAAUAAAAAAAGAGUCUUGUCUUAGCCAUCAUUCUCAGGGCAGGGCAGCAGAAACCACCAAUCCCCCCACCCCAUACCCACAACACACCCACAGUCAGUGUCCCUUUUCUCUAAU